AUGUCAACACUUUUACGGGUACUCCUCUUUGGAGCCAUCACCUAUGCGCAGUUUGUAACGCCCCCAGAUGAUCUCGUGGAAGCGAUCGGUCAUGCUGGUGUAUCAGUACGGUACAAGCAGGUGCCUGAUGGUAUCUGUGAAUUGGACCACAGAGUGAAAAGCUAUUCGGGGUUUGCAGAUAUUGCAGAGGACCAACACAUAUUUUGGUGGUUCUUUGAGGCUCGCAAUGGCCAUCCAGAGGACUCACCGCUGACCAUCUGGAUUAAUGGAGGGCCAGGUUCCAGCUCAAUGACGGGCCUCUUUGCUGAACUCGGACCAUGUAGUAUCGACUACUUUGGCUCGGUUGUCAACAACCCCUAUUCGUGGACAAACUCGAGUAACAUGUUAUUCGUCGACCAGCCAAGUCAGGUUGGAUUUUCUUACAGCCAGCCCGUACCAGUUCAUGACGACGACGGUCGCUUGACGAUUCUACAAGAAAACACUUGCCCUGGUGGCGUCUCUGAAGAGUCUACAUGUGGCACAUACUCGCACCCGGAACCUAGCAUGACAGCCAACUCAACUUUGAAUGCAGCUCCAGCAUUCUGGAAGACUCUGCAAGGAUUCACGGGGGUAUUUCCGCAGUACUCAAAGAAUGGUCUGCACAUGGCCACGGAGAGUUACGGUGGACACUUUGGACCAGUGUUUGCUGCAUACAUUGAACAACAAAACGACUUGAACUUGCCAGGUUCAAAUAAGCUGCAGCUGGAGACCUUGCUUGUUGGAAAUGGGUGGUUUGACCCGGCCAUUCAGUUCCAGGCCUUUUACAACUUUACCGUCAACCCAGGCAACACAUAUGAUUAUUUUCCUUUCAAUGGAUCCAUGGAAACCCUUCUCUACGACAAUCUCUAUGGUUCUGGCCACUGCCUCGACCAGCUGGAGCACUGCAAGCUGAGUGGUCUUGACUCGGUGUGUGUGGCGGCCGACAACUUUUGCAUGGAGCAUGUCGAGGACAUGUAUCAUCAAGCAGUCAGCCGAGAUGUCUAUGAUAUCCGGGAGCUCACCCCCGAUCCCUUUCCAUCUCAAUUCCACGUGGACUACCUAAAUACAGCCAAAGUCCAGCAAGGUAUUGGGGCUUACACCAACUUUUCCACCUUUAGUCAUACAGUAUAUCAGACAUUUCGAGAGACUGGGGAUGAUGCGCGGGAAGUUGACACGAUUCGAGACAUUCAAUUUCUUCUCAAUCGCAACAUUACAGUGUCGAUUUAUGCUGGCGACGCUGAUUAUGACUGCAAUUGGAUCGGAGUCGAGGCUGUUGCAGAAGAAGUGAUGGCGGGCCAGUUUGACGAGGCCGGGUAUGGCGAUCUGCAGACUUUCGACAACGUCGUUCAUGCGCAGGUCAAGCAGUCCGGAAGAUUCAGCUUCACAAGAGUGUACGAAAGUGGACACAUGGUUCCAUUCUAUCAACCUCUGACAGCAUUGACGAUAUUUGAUCGAGCCAUUAAUGGCAUGGACAUUCAGACAGGGGCCUUGACAGUGGACAAUCAUUACCUAAGUUCAGGUUCAAAAAAGAGCACGUACCGAGAGGGAAACACAACAGUACAGUGGACCACGAUACCAGUCAAUGUGACCUACGACUCGGCAAAGAACAUGCCAGGAGAACCGUGGACUGUGUCAGAAACGUUACCAACCGACAGCGAAUACUUUAGAUUCUAUCCGCUUCAAAAUAACAGCCUGGGUAGUGACCGAAGCACUUGGCGGCUACUUUUACAGUAUAUACUCUAUCUCUUCUAUUCAUAA